UCGCAGUAUUAUCUUUAAAGAAAUAUCAGAUUUGCGUGCUUGAUAAUAUUAUUGUAUAAUAAUUAAAAUUUGCUUGUAUAAUGUAUAAAUUUUCCUAAAUAUCGUGAUAUAGAUAAAAUUAAGAAGAGAUUAUGAUUGUGAUUGGUGUUCGUGUUUGUUAUUGAAAUGAAUAUGUUAAUUAUCUCAUAAGAUGGUGGUUAUUUAAUAUUGUGAUUUUUUUAUGUCGGGUAUAUCAUUAUUAGAGUAUAUCAACGGAUGAGUAUGCAUUAUAAAAACAAAUGAGACAUAAUAAUAGGUUGUCCUAUUAUAUUUACUUAUACCAAAGAAGAUUUCUGAAGUGAAAAAUAGCGUGAAAUGCAAUGCAUUAAUCAUAUUCGUUCAUUCUCUAAUUAAAGUCUAAGAAUUACUGCAAUGUUUUCAUAACUUAUCUACAAUUGGUAAUACUAAAAUAAAAUAUGAUUUUAGGUUGGUUUCCACAUAUUCCAAUUAAAUAUGUAAAGAUACAAACAACAUUGUUUGAUACUGUUGAUUUCUUGGAAUAUAUUUCAUCAUGACAUUACACAAAAGGUGCAAAGAAACACUUAAAAAGAUGUAUCAAAUAAAAGUCUUUUUUCACUGAUCACAACUUAUUGAGAUUGGAGAGUGAUGCCGGUUCAUCAGAUCAAUGUUAAUCCGCCUGACUGGCAACCACCUCUAUCUCUUGGUCCUUCCACAAAUAAUAGUCCUGCUGGAGGAGAAGGAUUACCAGAAUGGACUCCACGGGAAUCAGCAUAUGCCACAGUUGUUACGAUCAUACCAGAGCAUUGCCAUUCAUCUGUAAGCACACUAUCUUCGAGCAAUCAUGAUAUUUGUCGAAUCUGCCAUUGCGAAGGUGAAGAAGGUGCUCCAUUGUUAGCACCAUGUUAUUGCAGUGGUAGCUUACGUUAUGUGCAUCAGGCAUGCCUCCAACAAUGGAUAAAAGCAUCAGAUACACGUGCUUGUGAAUUGUGCAAAUUCACAUUUAUCAUGCAUGCUAAAACAAAACCUUUUUAUGAGUGGGAAAAAUUAGAAAUGUCUGCUUUGGAGGUACGUAAAUUGUGGUGUGCAGUGGCUUUCCAUGCAGUAGCUGCACUUUGUGUAGCUUGGUCCUUAUACGUACUUGUCGAACGUUCAGUGGAGGAAGCUCGCCGUGGAUUUGUAGAUUGGUCCUUUUGGACUAAACUAAUUGUUGUUGUAAUAGGCUCUACUGGAGGUUUAGUUUUUAUGUAUAUUCAAUGCAAAGCAUAUAUUACAUUAUGCAGAAAGUGGCGAGCAUUUAACAGAGUGAUAUUUAUUCAAAAUGCUCCGGAGAAAGUGGUGCUUCCUCCCUCACCUACAGACUCUUUAAGAGAAAUGUCAUUGCCUCUAAAGGAUCCAACUGCCUCCAUGCCAGAGCUCAAUCGUACCCUAUUGCCCCGUACUAUAGAUCCUCCAUGUGCCUCACAAAUGGUAAAACCAGAAUGUGUUGCGCCUUCACAGAGGCAUGACGCCCAAUUAAAACUUUAUGUCUUUGAUAAAUUGUCUUCUUCUGAAGACAAUCUAUAAUAAACUAAAAAUGAAACGAAUGCUAACUACAUGAAUGUAAUUGGCAAAGUUUAAUUUACGUAUAAAUGAACGGGUGAAGUGGUGAUUUUAGAAUAUACAUAUUACGAUUUCGAAAAUUGAAAUUCCCUUUUCGAAACCGUCAAAUAUCCGCCCCCGUGAAGCACUUUUAUUUGGAACUUAGUACUUCAGUGCUUACAAUAAGAAUGGGAUAGCUGAAAGUGCUCGGUUAAAAUACUGACAUUUUUCUCAGACAAUUGUGUACAUAAUUAUUGUAUCUGUGAUGUUAUUAAAUAAACUUUACCAUA